GUUCAGUGACAUCUAACCACAUAUUAUACCUUUGGGAUGAUCAGCAUCUGAAUUACAAACUUGCCACAUAGUGUUCCCACAACAACCAGAAUGGAAAACGGGAUGAGGUCGUCCCACAGAGUUGAAGAUAUGAGACUCCUUCUACUUCUGAUCAUGAUCAAUGGCAUGAAUAAUGUAGAAACCUGUAACACCAAUGGAACAUUAACAAUGCUAAUCAAAACUACAAUGGAGCUGAUCAUCCCAUAUCCAACUGAACUGAACCUAACUGUCAAUGACAACGUGGGAAAUUUAUUCUGCUAUUUAAACAGUGAUUCAUGUUAUAUUGAGUGUUCCUAUUACAAUUUCUUUAAUAACACAAACUUUACUACACCAGAAAUCUUUGACGUGUCUGUGAAUAUGAAGCAUACAUUCGGAAUUGACUUAAGUAUAAACCGUGUGACCAAUUUGUCACAAUGUACUGUGGUACCAUGCCUUGCUCAAAACAUUAGCAACUUAUUGAAAUGGAAAGAAAGUCAUAUGAAUGUUCCAAAAGAUCUGACAAACAUACUACGUAUGAAAAGAAUGUGCAAAGAUGUGUUUAAUGAGUCUGGAAUAGUGGAUAACUACAUGAAAGUGGAGAGGAAAGCCAUAAACAGCGUUAUAAAUAUCAACAUGUCUGAGCAAUCCAAGAACUACAGUCUUGAGGAUUUCGCCAUGACUGUGGUUCAGUUGAACUUUAGCAACAAUGACAGUCAACUAAUCCCUGCUUCAAUUGUAUUAGAUGAUACUAAUGUGAUACAGACUUGGAUCCCGGAGGAGCCUUUCCAAAAUGAGAUCCAUAAUCAAAUUGCUGUCAUUACCUAUGAUUCCGAUGAGAUCUUUGCGUUGAAUCUGAGCAAUGGAACAUUAAUAUCAAAGGUCGUACGAAUUGAAGUUCCUGGACGAGAUAUUGCGAACUUGGCCAAUUCGGUUAAAAUGCACUUCCCAGUUCUUUUUAUGAACUCAACUAACUACAACCAUUCCUGUCAGUUCUAUGAUGAAAAAGGCACAGUAGGAGUAAAAGGAAACACUAACUGGAAAACGGAUGGGUGUGUUACUAGUGUGAUCAGUGAUUAUGUUGUGGAGUGCUCCUGUAAUCACACAACCCCAUUUGCUGUUCUUCUGGUUGAGCUGAAGAUUGACAAACACAACUGGAUGAUACUGUCAUUGAUCAGCUACAUAGGCUGUGGGCUGUCUGCUAUAUUUUCUGCUUGCACCAUCUUGUCCUAUAUUGUCAACAGUAAUGCAAGGAAAGAAGUGUCGAACAGCAUCCAUGUGUCUCUGAGUGGCGCUCUGUUGCUCCUCAACACCAGCUUCAUGCUCAGCGAGUGGGCAGCCAUAUGGAAAAUUAAUGGAGUUUGUGUGUUUGUUGCCGUGGUGAUACACUACAGUCUGCUGUGCUGCUUCACCUGGAUGGCCAUUGAAGCUUUGCAUCUCUACAUUCUUCUCAUCAAAGUGUUCAACAUUUAUAUCAGAAACUACAUGCUCAAGAUGUCCCUGAUCGGAUGGGGAAUCCCUGGCAUUAUUGUUGGAGGCUUGCUGGCAGCUUAUGAUAGUCGUCCUUUGUAUGGCAAAGUACCGAUGACACUUUUAGAUACCAAUACAACAAAUGAAGUAUGCUUGUUCAAAGAUCCUGUCAUCUUCUAUGGCGUGACCAUUUCCUACUUCUCCCUUGUGUUCCUAUUUAACUUCGGAAUCCUAAUCACAAUCUCCAGACAGAUCUUCAAGCCACGGAAAGUGGACAUCAAACAUGAUAGGAGGCAAACUUGCAAAAAUGUCACCACAGUGGUGGGCCUCAUGUGUCUGUUGGGCACCACGUGGGGUUUGGCCUUCUUCACCUCUGGAUAUACCAACUACCCAGUACUUUACCUUUUCUGCAUCUUAAACACAAUGCAAGGGUUUUAUAUCUUUAUGUGGAUGUGUCUAACAGCGAGGAAAUCCAAAAAGAAAGCAACUGAUUCCAGGACUAAAUCCACCACAGACACUUAAACAAGGAGACAUAUCAAGCUUUUUAACUAAGACUCAUUUCAUAAGAAGACUCCAUUUUGGACCUUUUAUUUUUGUCAUAAUUAACUUUCUUUAUUUUACAGAUAUUCAAUACAACCAAACAUGACAAUAUAUUAUCCACUCCACCAACACACAGGACGCUUUUGAAAAGAUAGUUCACCCCAAAAUGAAACCUUUGUUCUCACUUGCAUUGAUUGAUUGAUAACAGGUCAGAUAGGCAGGAGAUGUAGGAAAUGUACAAUUAAAUCUUCAGCUGCAGAAGACAGAGAAAUGACUCAGUUUCACCACGCGCCGUUUGGUUUAGCUUUUAGCUAGUCUACUUCCUUUGCAGCUGAUAACAGGUCAGCUUAAAGUCAGGUUCCUGUUUGAAACUAACCAGAAAUAACCCACAUAAUAACUCAUGUUAAAAAUGUUAACAACUAUUAUUCAUAAACAAGAAACUGUAAAUGCCUUUGUUUUUUUAUUAUUGUGUUAUCAAGUUGAGUAAUAAAUGUUUAAAUCUAAAAUGUUUUGUUUUUACAUAUAUUUUUGAGCCAAUUUGCAACAUGUUACAAUAAUGUUAGUGCCAGAACAUUUCAUUUCUAUUAAAGGGAUAGUUCACCAAAAAUGUUUAAUAAUUUCAUCAUUGAAUAAUUUACCCUCAUGCCAUCCCAGAUGUUCUCACCCAAAACCAACUGGGUCCCUUCGGUAGAUAUGAAUUAAACCACGGAAGUCUUGUGGAUUACUUUUAUGCUGCUUUUCUCUCCUUUUUAGAACUUUUGGAGUUCUGGUCACCAUUCACUUGCAUUAUAUGGACCUUCAGAGCUGGGAUAUUUUUCUAGCAUGUAAAUGAUAGUAAAUGAUGAGAGAAAUUUCCUUUAUGGGUGAACUGUUCCUUUAAGUGAUUGCUUAACACAAAUAGCGCAUUCAGUUGUUGUCAUUUUUUUUAUUAGUAUUGUUUUAAUAUAUAUGUUUCUGGAUUUUUCAUUUUGACAUGUCAUAAUAUUUUGAGUUGUUUUGUAAAAAAUAAAUAAA